AUGAUGCAUGUACCAUUCGUAUUAGCAUGUGGCCAUUCUUUUUGCUAUGAUUGCUUGAACUCAUGGUUCGACAAUAAGCUAAACUGCCCUACAUGCCGUUUUGAGUUGGAACAGCCUCCUGUUCUCAAUAUAGUGCUCAAAGACAUCAGCAAAGUAAUUUCUGAUUUGAUAAUAGAUACUAUAGAUAACGCAGAUGGAAAAAGUAAGUUGAAAGAACAAAGAUCGGAAGCACUAAAGAACUUCGAAUAUGAUCAGAAGAAGAAUCACCUUUUCGGGGACGUUUUCAAGACAUCGGCAGUAACAUUAAUUGAUAGAUCGGAUGGGGUACCUAGAUGUGGAAAUUGUCAUUGGGAAGCCCAUGGAUCGGUAUGCUUACAUUGUGGUAUGCGAUUUCGCUCUGAAAGAUCUGAUUCCUAUUAUGAUUCAGAGGAUGGGGACGCAUACAAUGAAGACGAUGACGAAAUAAUGCUCUAUGGUAGAGACAACGACCACGAGGACAGAUAUGAUAGUGAAGACAGCUUUGUGGAUAAUAGAGGCAUUGAAGAGAUAAACGAUAGUGGUGAUUCGGGUCACCAUGAAUUGCUAUCUUCGUCAUCCUCGCAAUCGCCUGCAGAAGAGUUAGAGUGGCAAGGAUUCGAAAAUAAUGGCAAUACAGAAGAUGAUGACAGUAAUCAUGAAGGCCAUAGCUUAAUAGACUUUGAGUCUGGUGAUCUCCAGAGGGCCCUUGAUGAUUUCCAUGAUCAGCAUCUCGAUGAAUCUGAAUCUGAAAACGAAGAGCUUAGUGGACGAAGACGGCCCAGAAGGAUACCUAUCGAUGAUGACAGUGAUAGUUGA